AUGUCUUGGUGUUUGGUCGUGGAGAAGUUGAAGAUUUUGAAUUAUUUAAAAGGAUUUGACGUCGCUGGGAGAGCGAUUGCUGCAUUAAAAGAUACUCGUCUUGUGUUUGUUGGAGCCACAGAGGGAAAACAUGAAGAAAUAGCUCAACGGUUAAACAGAUGUGGUGUUCCUUUAAGUUGCUUGAGCGUGAGAGACUUUGUUCAAGACCGAGAAAGUUUAAAGCGGUUGUUUCAGGAAGUGGAUCUUGUAGUUAUGCCUUCAAGAACAGAAGGCUUUGGGUUCAGGGGCACCCAAUGGAUCUGUUCCUCAAAAUAUCUGUUCUUCAGGCAAAUUUUUGCUGGCUGGGAGAUUUGGAAAAAAUAUGUCCUUGGAAAUUGGAAAAUUGUGGGUGUCUGAGGUUAUUUGAUGUGUAGAAUAGCUGCUGUGCGCUAUCUGUCAGAAACCUCUUAGCCCUUUCCCCCCACCCCCAAUGAAGGGGUGAAUUUAGCCCUUGGGCCACAAUAUGGCCUACGUCUGCUGGGAAACUUCCCUGUAAGUCAGGUUGCAGGUUGAAGGUGCACCUUGCUGGCUGGACACCUCUUCAUCAGUUUUGCUGGGAGUGAGGAACAGCUACAUUUUUCCCAGCAGUCUCCCAAAAAAGGAUGAAUAAAGAUGUCUUAAUUCAGCACAUUAUAAGGAAAUAUUGAAACGUAAUCCCAAACAAUUUGCCUUAACGUCAGAGCAAAAAACUCACUCGAACGAUUUCCUUUUGCCUUUCAAUUGCAAAAACUGUUUAGUGUGUGUAAUUUCUUUAUUUCUUAUGCAUUGUACUCACUUUCCGUCUCCUCAGUACCACCUUUUUAUUUUGGAAAUCAGCGCUACCUACAGAUUAGUUCCUUGUCUAGUUAUCUUAUAGCAGGUAACUGUCUAACCUGUAGGUUGUACACUAAUAAUAUUAUAAAAAUGCUGUUCUUUUCAAUAUUAUUUUGAAUUUUUCUCCCGGGUCUAGUUAACUUACUACACCUUGUUUUGUUUGAAACAAGAUGGGCUUCCGUUGGUUUUGUGACACCUGUAUAGCGUACAUCAGUGUAUACGGAUGCUGCUAAAACAGAGCAAAAAGGAACAUAUGGUAAAAAUGGAUAGACUCAGUCAUUAAGAAUGUGUUUUUGAGAAUGAAAGCUCAUUGUUACAUCACCCCGCUCAGCAACGAACUAGUUGAUUUAAAUCUAAUUACUAUCUGAGUAAUUUCACUAAUUAUCAACUUAGUUUCCUCUAAUUGCUCUGAUUCAGUGCAGUCGAAACCUUUGAACUAAGGGUGCAGCGGCCACGUAGUAAUUUUCACGGAGUUAUAAUAACUCCUCUAGUGACGUUAAGUUAACUCCUUACAAUGGAGUUAUUUUUUGGGGAGUUAUUUUAACUCCAAAAAGGAGUUUAAAGAACUCUUUUUCAGGAGUAAAGAUGACCCCAGGUAUCGAGGAGUUAAAAUAACCCCAAAAAAGGAGUUAUCCUGUACCUUAAGUUUUUAUUCCACUUUCAGAGUUAAAGCAACUCCAAAAGGAGUAAAAAUAACCCCAUUUUCGGAUUUAUUUUAACUCCAGAAUGGGAGUAAAAAGAACUCUUUUUCAGGAGUAAAAAUGACCCCAAAUUUGGAGUUAAAUCAGGGGUUAAAGUAAACCCAAAAAAGGGGUUUUCCUGUACCUAAAAUUUUUACUCCAUUUUUGGAGUUAUAAUAGCUCCCUAAAAAUUAACAAUAACUCCCUAAAAAUUACUGUGCAGUUUAUCUGAUAGCAACUGAUAGACCACGCAGCAAGCGUUCAUGUGCAAAAUGUCUAGACGUACAGGAAUACUUGCUUUGUGCCUUUUUAUUGCAAGGUGAAAAGAUUCCCCUUUCUACAUUUUAAUCUGAUAAAAGGCCACCUUUAGACCAUCUGGAAAAAGGGAUAACUAUCAACCUCUUCACCAUCAAAAUUCAACUUAAAAAUGUUUCGGUUUGGUUUUUUCAUUUUCCCGUUCUCCUUUCUCCAUUUCCUGUUCUCAUUUUAAAAUAUCCUAUGAAUUUCGUUCUAGCAUUCAUAUUUCAAAAUUAUCUUUCUGUAUCAAAGUGACUCAUUCAUUCCUAAGAAGUCUGUUCCACCUGAUAUCGAAGACAGGGAUUUCAAAGUUGAAUAUAAAGUUCAAGAUGUUGGGCUGCUUCACGCUGUUACAAAAAGUGGAAAUAUUGAAAUCAUUGCGUCGUUGCUGUCUCAAGGAUUUGAAGUUGAUUCAAAAGACAGGGAAGGUGUAACUCCACUGAUGUAA